AUGUUGCCAACAGCAGUGACCAGCACCCCUUCUGCUGCUCCAUCUGUCCGUGAGGAAUGUAGGAAUGCUUGGGCAUAUCACCCAACAUCAGCAAUUGCCUUACAAGAUAUUGGAUACAAUACAUGGGGCUUCACAAAUGGGGUCUUCGAUCUCUAUGCCUGUGGAUUGUGUGAUUGCCCAGUCUGUUCCUCGGGAGGCCCACUCUGUGAGAGACCUGAAGCUCCUCUCGCCGAGUUUGACAAGUGCACAUGUGUUUGUCCAAAAGAUGGCUAUGAGGACCCCGGCGAAAUCAUGAGCCCAAAGAUUGCUGCAUCCGUUACGUCACCAAUUACAAUGUAUCUGUAUGCUGCAGAAGAUGACGUGGCUGGUGGAUCUCAAUUAGGAGAAAAUGGUGUUGCUGCUGUUGGCAUUGUAACUCUUGCUCUCAAGGACCGAAAAAUGACGAUUACAUUGACAUCUGAUGAUUCAUUUUUCAUUGAUCAAUCAAACUUGUACAUUGGUGAAGAUCGCCUACCAACAGCAUCACGUGAGUCACCAGUGACUCCAUCUUCUUUGUUUCCACUGCAUGGAAACAAUACUGCCACCAAUGAAGCCAUCUUCAGUGUGCAGUUGUCAACAUACAACUUCUACAUUGCAGCACAUGUGUACCUGUGUGAUGUGGAGAAGCAGCCAACAUCCACUCCAACCGAAUCCACAGAAACCCCAAGCUUUUCUCCAAGUGAAAGUGUUGCACCAAGCUCAACACCUAGCAACGUACCAACUGGAACCCUUGAACCUAGCACAAACCCAACUCGAACGCCUACUGGAACACCUGUUUCCUUGCCGACUACAGCACCAACUGUGGUCCCGACAAGAAUACCAACAACGAAGGGACCCACAGCAGUUCCAACAACCGAAGGACCAACAACAGGACCCACUGACGACCCAACACAGGCACCAACCGAAGGACCAACACAAGGACCAACUGAAGGACCCACACAAAGACCAACUACAGUCAACCCCACAGUCUCAAGUGGGAGCCCAAGUGCCGCCCCAACAACAGGAUCGCCAACUUUCACUCCAACUGGAGCACCCACUACAAGUCCAACUGGAUCACCAACAGGUGCUCCAACUGGAUCACCCACAGCCAGUCCAACUGGAACCCCUACUGGACACCCAACCGGAUCCACUGGCACCCCCACUGGAUCCCACAGGACCCCACGGGAACACCCACAGCAAGCCCAACUGGACCCCCACUGGCCCCACUGCACCCCACCAAAGCGCCAACUGGCACUCCCACUGGAACCCCCACCUCCUCUCCUACUUCCAGCCCCACUGAGGUCCAACCGUCAGCCCUACGACAUUGAACCCAACAACCUGACUCCCACUGUGGCAAGUGGUCACCCCAGUGCUGCUCCAACCACAGGAACGCCAACGGAUCUCCAACAGGCUCUCCUACUGGCGAACCAACAGUUGCUCCUACAGGUACACCACUGUUUCCCCCACUAG